AUGAUAAAGUAAAUGAAAUUUCUGUGGCUUUGGAUUCUUCUGGCAUUUCGUGCUGGCCAGCUUUACUUGGCCAUGGGAGCUGCAUAAACCCACAAAAUCUUUAGAAAAAUCAGAACUUGGCAUAAAGGGCUGACUCCAAAUCCCUUUUAGCUUUCUGGGUUGGAAGAACUUUUGUGAGAUGGUUGAGUAUCGAAGGCUGCUACUGCUGCUGUUCAUCAGCACCUGCAUUCUUCGUUUGAUGCCCGAUGGUGUCACUGCCACAGAUCCAAAUGAUGCUGCUGCUGUAAGGGCUAUGUUUCAAAGUAUGAACUCACCAUCUCAGCUAGGUUGGCCUGCUAAUGGUGAUGAUCCGUGUGGACAAUCUUGGAAAGGCAUUACUUGCUCAGGCAACCGUGUUACAGAGAUUGAGUUAUCUAAUCUUGGACUAACUGGAACAUUGGCUUACGGAUUACAAGCCUUGACAUCUGUGACCAAACUAGACAUGAGUGACAACAAUCUUGUAGGAGCCAUACCAUACCAACUUCCUCCUAAUGUGCAGCUUUUAAAUCUUGCUAGUAAUAACUUCACUGGAACAGUCCCCUACUCUAUUUCUAAUUUGACCUCUCUUACAGACCUGAAUCUUGGUCACAAUCAGCUCCAGCAAGGACUGGGUGUCGACUUUCAAAAUCUUUCUACACUCUCUAUAUUGGAUCUCUCUUUCAAUUUUCUGACUGGUGACCUCCCUCAGACUUUGAGCUCACUUUCAGGAAUAACCACUAUGUAUCUACAAAACAACCAGUUUACAGGCACUAUCGAUGUCCUUGCUAAUCUGCCUCUGGAUAAUCUGAAUGUGGAAAACAAUAAUUUUACAGGCUGGAUACCAGAACAAUUGAAAAAGAUAAACCUACAGACCGGUGGUAAUGCAUGGAGCUCAGGACCUGCACCCCCACUUCCUCCUGGGACACCUCCAGCACCUAAAAGCAAGCAACACCACAAAUCUGGUGGUGGAAGUGCUACCCCCUCAGAUGCUGGCAGUGGCACAGUUGGUGAUGGCAAAAAAUCUGGUAUAGGAGGUGGUGGCAUAGCUGGAAUUUUGAUCUCCGUCAUUGUUGUUGGGGCAGUAGUAGCAUUCUUUCUGGUGAAGAGAAAAUCCAAGAAGUCAUCUUCAGAUCCAGAAAAGCUGGAAAAUCAGUCCUUUCCCCCUCUUCCUUCAAAUGAAGUGCAUGAAGUGAAGUCUGUGCAAACUUCCUCUGUAAUUGACUUGAAGACGUUUGAUACUUCUGCCACAAUAAAUCUUAAACCCCCACCUAUUGAUCGUCAUAAAUCAUUUGAUGACAAUGAAUUCUCAAAGAAGCCCACUCUUGUCAAGAAGACUGUAACAGCUCCUGCAAAUGUGAAAUCAUAUUCUAUAGCUGAUCUGCAGAUUGCCACUGGCAGCUUCAGUGUGGAUCACCUUGUUGGUGAGGGGUCUUUUGGGCGUGUGUACCGUGCUCAAUUUGAUGAUGGAAAGGUUCUGGCAGUGAAGAAGAUAGAUUCAUCUGUCAUUCCCAAUGAUUUGUCGGAAGAUUUUACAGAAAUAGUUUCAAACAUCUCCCAUUUACAUCAUCCAAAUGUGACAGAGCUUGUAGGUUAUUGUUCAGAGUAUGGACAACAUCUCUUGGUAUAUGAGUUUCAUAAAAGUGGAUCACUACAUGACUUCCUUCACCUAUCAGAUGAAUAUAGUAAACCAUUGAUAUGGAAUUCCCGUGUCAAGAUUGCUUUGGGGACUGCACGUUCUUUAGAGUACCUACAUGAAGUUUGUUCGCCGUCAGUUGUUCAUAAGAAUAUUAAGUCAGCCAACAUAUUACUUGAUGCAGAGCUUAACCCUCAUCUUUCAGACAGUGGAUUGGCAAGCAAUAUUCCAAAUGCAGACCAGAUAUUGAACCAUAAUGUUGGAUCUGGAUAUGAUGCACCUGAAGUUGCCUUGUCUGGUCAGUAUACUCUGAAAAGUGAUGUCUACAGCUUUGGAGUUGUCAUGUUGGAGCUUCUCAGUGGACGGAAACCAUUUGAUAGCUCAAGGCCAAGAUCCGAGCAAUCUUUGGUUCGAUGGGCAACACCUCAACUCCAUGAUAUUGAUGCAUUGGCUAAAAUGGUUGAUCCUGCACUGAAAGGGUUAUAUCCUGUUAAAUCUCUUUCUCGUUUUGCCGAUGUUAUUGCUCUCUGCGUUCAGCCGGAGCCUGAGUUCCGACCACCAAUGUCAGAGGUGGUUCAAGCACUUGUACGAUUAGUGCAGCGAGCUAACAUGAGCAAGCGAACAUUUGGAAGUGGAAAUGAUCUUGGAGGAGGAUCCCAACGAGGGAGUGAUGACCCGUCUAUACGAGACAUCUAAAUUUCUCUAUUACUCACUAGAAUGACUCUCCCAAGAAAAUGUAAUUAUAUUUUUUUCGUUACUUCUUUUUAACCCCUCAAUCAAUAUUGAAUACGUCUUUGUUAGAACGAUUGCAUUUUUCAUUAACCAAGUUAGACAAUGGGCGAUGUAUGUUUGUUUGAGCUAGUGCUUUUGUUUGUAAUAUAAAUUCAAUUACUUAACUGCUUGCAAAGUUGAA